GGAUGACACUCAAGUUCUGGUUGAUGCCAGAAAGAAGAAUCGCAUCGAUUAAAUUGAUCAAUCCCGUAGGCGUGCAAUCUAUAGCAGUUUGGUUUAUAAGGCCUUCACUCAGAGCAUCUAAAGAACGAGCAGUGGUAAAGAAUGAAUCACCGGAUAGCAUCGUUCGCUUCCAAGGCAUGCCUGAAGCCGUUGAUAUAAUACUUGAAGUAGUGAAGAAACCUUCAGCUGAUGAAAUGAAAUUCAGAGUUUCCAUAAAGGCAUGUUUCGAGGGAGUGACCUCAGAGACGACACCAGCAACAAGCACUUCAACAAGCGGUUCAACAAGCAGUUCAACAAGCAGUCCAGCCCUUCUGUUGAAACGACUUCAUCAUCAGUUCCAACCACAAGCACUUCUGUUAGCAGCACUUCAUCUACACCAGUCAUAACGUCUACUUCAUCAUCGCCAGGAAUAACCUCUUCUACUUCUUCCACUUCAUCAGAAAUAUCAACGAUAUGUGCUCUUUCUGACGGAAUGGAUGACGAUCAAUUAAUACCAGAUGAGAACAUUGUAGAUGAAAAUGAUGAUGUACCAGACGACGUUAAAAUGUUGAGGCCCGAUAGCCGACGUCCAUUUUCUGUUAGGCGUAAUAGGAUGACACUCAAGUUCUGGUUGAUGCCGGAAAGAAGAAUUGCAUCAAUUAGAUUGAUCGAUCCUGUGGGUGUUCAGUCGAUUGCGGUUUGGUUCAUUAGACCUUCUACCAGAGCAUCUAAGGAACGAGCAGUUGUUAAGAAUGAAUCUCCAGACAGUAUUGUCAGAUUCCCAGGAAUGCCGGAGGCUGUUGAUAUAAUACUUGAAGUCGUGAAGAAACCUUCGGCUAAUGAAAUGAAUUUCAGAGUUUCCAUCAAGGCAUGUUUCGAGGAAGUGACCUCAGAGACGACUCCGUCAACGUCAAGUUCAAGUACUUCUCCUGUUGAAACGACUUCGUCGAGUUCAGAAACAUCAACAACAAGUUCUAGCUCAUAUGUUCACACGUCCUCUUCAAGCACUAGCCCGUCCGGUGUUAGCUCAUCAUCGUCUUCCUCUAGUGGUGUAUACACAAGCUCAUCACGUAGCAGUUCCACAGAAACAAUCCCAGUUUCAACUACAUCGACAUCGGUUUAUUCCACGCCAACUACAGUUUGUACUGUAACGGAGGGUAUGGACAGACCGAAAACUAUUCCGAGAGAAAAUAUAAGGGACAAUAAUGAUCGUAUACCGCAAGGUGCUGAGAAUUUAAGACCUAAUGCAGAGAAUCCAUUUACUGUUGAUAGGAAUUCGUUUACUGUACGAUUCUUAUUUAAUCCUGCUAUUCCCGUUGAAUCGUUAGAAUUGAUAAGGCCAAGGAAUAUUGAAGAUAUAACAGUUUUAUACGUACAACCUAGAAAUAAUAAGAAAAUACCGGUUGUCGAGAAUGGAAAUCCAAAGAAAGUCGUGCGAUUCCCAGAACAACCAGAUGCUGUAGAGGUUGUACUCAUAGUGAAAAGAGAAGAUUCGGAUGAGCCAAUGUCGUUCCAAGUUGCUAUAUUUGCUUGCUUCGAAAUACCGACAACAACAACUCCUGUAGUUACAACAUCCUCUGUUGAAACAUCUUCUGUUCCAACAACAACAUCUUUAACUAGCAGUACUUCAUCAACGUCUACAAGACCAGUCACUACGUCUACAAUUUAUACAUCUUCAACCUCGCCAGGUAUAACGUCUACUAGUUCUACAGGACCAGUUACUACUUCCUCCAUUUACACAUCUUCAUCUUCUCCAGGCAUAACUUCUACUAGUUCUUCGAGCAGUUCAACAUCUGCAGAAGUAACAACGAUAUGUGAACUAUCUGACGGAAUGGAUGACGAUCAAUUGAUCCCGAACAACAACAUAGUAGAUGAAAACGACAAUGUGCCAGACGACGUUGAAAUGUUGAGACCUAAUAGCCGACGUCCAUUUUCUGUGACACGUAAUAAAAUGACUAUCAAAUUCUGGCUGAUGCCGGAGAGACGAAUUGCAUCGAUCAGAUUGAUAAAUCCCGUUGGCGUACAAUCGAUUGCUGUUUGGUACAUCAGACCUUCAGAAAGAGCAUCAAAAGAACGAGUAGUAGUUAAGAAAGAAUCACCAGAUAGCAUCGUUCGCUUCCCAGGUAUGCCUGAAGCUGUUGAUAUAUUACUUGAAGUAGUAAAGAAACCUUCUGCAGACGAAAUGAAAUUCAGAGUUUCAAUAAAAGCAUGUUUUGAAGAAGGGACUCCAUCAACAAGCAGUUCAUCAAGCAGUUCAACUAGCGGCUCAACUAGCAGCUCAACUAGCAGUUCAAUAAGUAGUUCAAGUUUGACGUCUGUCCCAGAGACAAGUUCAAGCACAUCUAGUUUAUACACAACAGGAACAACCCCAGUGUCCACGACAUCGACAUCAGUUUAUCUUACUCCAACUACAGUGUGCACUGUAUCAGAGGGUAUGGAUAGACCGAAAUCAAUUCCAAGAGAAAAUAUAAGGGACAAUAAUGAUCGUAUACCGCAAGGUGCUGAGAAUUUAAGACCUAAUGCAGAGAAUCCAUUUACUGUUGAUAGGAAUUCUUUUACUGUACGAUUCUUAUUUAAUCCUGCUAUUCCCGUUGAAUCGUUAGAAUUGAUCAGGCCAAGGAAUAUUGAAGAUAUAACAGUUUUAUACAUACAACCUAGAAAUAAUAAGAGAAUAAUGGUUGUCGAGAAUGGAAAUCCAAAGAAAGUCGUGCGAUUCCCAGAACAACCAGAUGCUGUAGAGGUUGUACUCACAGUGAAUAGAGAAGAUUCGGAUGAGCCAAUUUCGUUCCAAGUUGCUAUAUUUGCUUGCUUCGAAAUACCGACAACAACAACUCCUGUAGUUACAACAUCCUCUGUUGAAACAUCUUCUGUUCCAACAACAAGCUCUUUAACUAGCAGCACUUCAUCAACGUCUACAAGACCAGUCACUACGUCUACAAUUUAUACAUCUUCAACCUCGCCAGGUAUAACGUCUACUAGUUCUACAGGACCAGUUACUACUUCCUCCAUUUACACAUCUUCAUCUUCUCCAGGCAUAACUUCUACUAGUUCUUCGAGCAGUUCAACAUCUGCAGAAGUAACAACGAUAUGUGAACUAUCUGACGGAAUGGAUGACGAUCAAUUGAUCCCGAACAACAACAUAGUAGAUGAAAACGACAAUGUGCCAGACGACGUUGAAAUGUUGAGACCUAAUAGCCGACGUCCAUUUUCUGUGACACGUAAUAAAAUGACUAUCAAAUUCUGGCUGAUGCCGGAGAGACGAAUUGCAUCGAUCAGAUUGAUAAAUCCCGUUGGCGUACAAUCGAUUGCUGUUUGGUACAUCAGACCUUCAGAAAGAGCAUCAAAAGAACGAGUAGUAGUUAAGAAAGAAUCACCAGAUAGCAUCGUUCGCUUCCCAGGUAUGCCUGAAGCUGUUGAUAUAUUACUUGAAGUAGUAAAGAAACCUUCUGCAGACGAAAUGAAAUUCAGAGUUUCAAUAAAAGCAUGUUUUGAAGAAGGGACUCCAUCAACAAGCAGUUCAUCAAGCAGUUCAACUAGCGGCUCAACUAGCAGCUCAACUAGCAGUUCAACAAGUAGUUCAAGUUUGACGUCUGUCCCAGAGACAAGUUCAAGCACAUCUAGUUUAUACACGACAGGAACAACCCCAGUGUCCACGACAUCGACAUCAGUUUAUCUUACUCCAACUACAGUGUGCACUGUAUCAGAGGGUAUGGAUAGACCGAAAUCAAUUCCAAGAGAAAAUAUAAGGGACAAUAAUGAUCGUAUACCGCAAGGUGCUGAGAAUUUAAGACCUAAUGCAGAGAAUCCAUUUACUGUUGAUAGGAAUUCUUUUACUGUACGAUUCUUAUUUAAUCCUGCUAUUCCCGUUGAAUCGUUAGAAUUGAUCAGGCCAAGGAAUAUUGAAGAUAUAACAGUUUUAUACGUACAACCUAGAAAUAAUAAGAGAAUAACGGUUGUCGAGAAUGGAAAUCCAAAGAAAGUCGUGCGAUUCCCAGAGCAACCAGAUGCUGUAGAGGUUGUACUCACAGUGAAUAGAGAAGAUUCGGAUGAGCCAAUGUCGUUCCAAGUUGCUAUAUUUGCUUGCUUCGAAAUACCGACAACAACAACUCCUGUAGUUACAACAUCCUCUGUUGAAACAUCUUCUGUUCCAACAACAAGCUCUUUAACUAGCAGCACUUCAUCAACGUCUACAAGACCAGUCACUACGUCUACAAUUUAUACAUCUUCAACCUCGCCAGGUAUAACGUCUACUAGUUCUACAGGACCAGUUACUUCUUCCUCCAUUUACACAUCUUCAUCUUCUCCAGGCAUAACUUCUACUAGUUCUUCGAGCAGUUCAACAUCUGCAGAAGUAACAACGAUAUGUGAACUAUCUGACGGAAUGGAUGACGAUCAAUUGAUCCCGAACAACAACAUAGUAGAUGAAAACGACAAUGUGCCAGACGACGUUGAAAUGUUGAGACCUAAUAGCCGACGUCCAUUUUCUGUGACACGUAGUAAAAUGACUAUCAAAUUCUGGCUGAUGCCGGAGAGACGAAUUGCAUCGAUCAGAUUGAUAAAUCCCGUUGGCGUACAAUCGAUUGCUGUUUGGUACAUCAGACCUUCAGAAAGAGCAUCAAAAGAACGAGUAGUAGUUAAGAAAGAAUCACCAGAUAGCAUCGUUCGCUUCCCAGGUAUGCCUGAAGCUGUUGAUAUAUUACUUGAAGUAGUAAAGAAACCUUCUGCAGACGAAAUGAAAUUCAGAGUUUCAAUAAAAGCAUGUUUUGAGGAAGUGACUCCAUCAACAAGCAGUUCAUCAAGCAGUUCAACUAGCGGCUCAACUAGCAGCUCAACUAGCAGUUCAACAAGUAGUUCAAGUUUGACGUCUGUCCCAGAGACAAGUUCAAGCACAUCUAGUUUAUACACGACAGGGACAACUCCAGUGUCCACGACAUCGACAUCAGUUUAUCUUACACCAACUACAGUUUGUACUGUCACGGAGGGCAUGGAUAGACCAAAGUCUAUUCCAAGAGAAAAUAUAAGGGACAAUAAUGAUCGUAUACCGCAAGGUGCUGAGAAUUUAAGACCUAAUGCAGAGAAUCCAUUUACUGUUGAUAGGAAUUCUUUUACUGUACGAUUCUUAUUUAAUCCUGCUAUUCCGAUUGAGUCGUUAGAAUUGAUCAUGCCAAAGAAUAUUGAAGAUAUAACUGUUUCAUACGUGCGACCUAGAAGUUCUAACAAAAUAGAAGUUGUUGAGAAUGAGAACCCGAAGAAGACUGUUCGAUUCCCACAACAACCUGACGCUGUAGAAAUAGUUCUUACUGUAAACAGACAGGUUUCAAAUAAGCCAAUGUCUUUCAAAGUGUCUAUAUUUGCAUGUUUUAAAUUCGGACCAGAAUCGACGACACCAAGAGUUAGUACAUUUACCUUGACGCCAUCAACUAGCUCUUCCCUGAUCAGCACCUCCACGUCAACAACACCUGUAUCUACAUCCUCUACAUCUUCUAUAAGUACGAGCACAAGUUCUACUAGUUCUGCAACCAGUUCAACGUCUACACCAGCGCCUUGCAUCAUAAGCAGAGGAAUGGACAGCCAUUCAGACAUCCCCGAUGAAAACAUCAAAACGAAUGACAAGAACGUGAAUGAGAAAAUAAACAGACUUAGACCGGAACACAAGAACCCCGCAAGGAGUCACAAACCAAACUUCAAAGUAACAAUAGACCUACCAAGUGAAGGAGUUCCAUUGGACAGAGUAACCCUCCCUGACAACGUUAACAUAAAGGCUGUUAAAGUUUACUAUAGUCCAGAAGGGCGAAAUUCGCUUCUACCUAUCAAUGGAGACAAGCCGGUACCCGCUGAUAAGCCAAUUAAGAUGCCUGUAGGUGUGCCUAUUACACGUGUUGUAAUUGUUGUGGUUGAUAAGUUCAUCGAAGAAGACGAAAUACGUAUAUCUAUCGAAAUCUGGGGAUGCUUCGUUCCAGGAACAACGACUGAAUUCGUCACUACACCAAGCAUGUACUCUUCAGUCAGUAUUCCAUGUGAGGCUGAAAGCAUGGUUGACAAAGCUGUAUAUUUACCAAAAGAAGCGUUGGAGACCAACGAUGACAGUUUGGAUAUCGAGCAGCUGUUACCUGGAAGAACAAAGGGACCUGCUAAAUCCUAUUUGAGUCAUCUUAGGAUCACAAUAAAAUUCAGUGGCGGUGCUGCCCUGGAUAAACUGGCUAUGCCAACUCAUUCAAACAUCCUAAAGAUCCAGAUCAUGAUCAUGUUACCAGGAGAGACUAAUCUUAUACCAUAUAUGGGAGGAAUGUCAAUAACAGUAUCAGAUGAACCAAUUCAACUGCCUAGUGGCAUUAUGGCAAAUCAAGUCAUCAUCAUUGUCGUAGAAAAGUUAGUGCCCACAGAACCCAUCUUCAUCACCAUCAACAUUUGGGCCUGCUUUGACGUCUUCACCACACCAGGGUUCUCCUCUACCACCGGAUCAACACCGCCUACAUGUGACCAGAAAGUGAUAAAGUACGACUCCGACGAUGUAAUCGUCGGCUCCUCUUCCGAAAUGCCGGCAGCCACCGCAAUAAUGGCCCUAAAGGGCAGUGACUCUUUCUGGUCUCCGAAAAAGGGAGAUAAUGAAGUUUCACCGUUUGUAUUCUUCCAGAUAAAGGCAAAGAACGGAAAGGCAUCAGUUUACCAAGUGUCAUUCACAACGCGAUUCUCUAGGUCAGUAAUAAUCGCCCUAUACUCCAAGAAUGAUAAGAAUGUGGAUACGAGCGACAAAAUCAAAUGCGACACACCAAUCCACCAUAAACACAUCACCUACAACUUUUAUGGCCAAACUGGAGACAAGAUUUAUAUCUACGUACAGCCUAUAAAGAAGACACAACCUCAAAUCAGCAACGUACAAAUACACGCCUGUUACGAGGAAGAAACAAGAUCUACAACUACACCGGAAAUAACAACCCCCGCUCCCCCAACAUCUCCCACAACGCCGAAAGUUUGUGCGUCAAUGUGUGACGAAGGCUCCACGUGCUUAUCCUUCGAUGAGAUAUGUGAUGGCAAUUGUGACUGCUUUGAUUGUACGGACGAAGAUAAUUGUGGCACCACACCAUCUGUACCAGACGGUGAAUGGGGUACCUGGAGCCCAUGGAGCAAAUGUAACUGCCAAGGAACAAUCACACGUGUACGCCGAUGUGACAACCCGAAACCAAAAUAUGGCGGCAAAUAUUGCAGAGGUCCGUCUGCUCAAACCAUGGAGUGCGACCGACCAGACGAAUGCGACAAAUGUGACAUGGGCUACGCCCCAGUAAUGGAUGACGAUGAUGACGUAGUUACCUGCGGAGGUUUUACUAACCAGAAAUGUCCAAAGAAGAACGACACAUGUGUUCUGUACCCAAGAUCAACCCGUGGUGCUUGUUGUAGGCCAAUAGACUUCUGGACACAAUGGGGUGAAUGGAGCUCUUGUUCAAAGACCUGCGGUGCUGGCGUCGAGACUCGAACGCGUACCUGCACAAGUAAAAACCCAGAAAGAGAUUGUUCGGAGGAUGAUUCGGACACAAGAAGAUGUAACGAAGGACCAUGUGAAGUUGAAACAACUCCAUCUUACACAACUUCCGUUACACCAUACGGCCCAGACGGUGAAUGGAGCUCGUGGUCACCAUGGUCACGUUGUUCAAGGUCAUGCGGUGAAGGUCGUGAGACACGAUACAGGGAGUGUAGUGAUCCUGCCCCAGGACCUAAUGGCAAACCAUGUACAGGAAACGCCGAGCAAGAAAGAGCAUGCAAAAAGAAGGAUUGUCAAGGUCCACCUAACUGGUCUCCAUGGGCACCAUGGGGAGAAUGUGAUGUCCACUGCGGCACAGGCAUGCGAACUAGAUCAAGAGCAUGUGACAGCCCGGCACCAGCACCAGGUCAAGACCCUUGUCCAGGAGACGAUGUUGAUACGGAGAUUUGUACUCAACGGCCAUGUGAAUGUACAUUUACUAUGACUGGAUUUGAAAACAUAUUUGGCUACGAACCGUCUGAACAAAUCGGUUGGGUUGAAAGUGAUGGAACAUACGGUCCAACAAGCCCAGACGAAGAUGUCUUUAUUGAUGAUACGUUCGAAGAUGGCGUCGUUGUACACGUGGACUGCAGCAACUGUACCUGCGACGAAGGUAUGAUUGACUGCCAAGUUGGUGAUUGCGAAGAGUGCACAUACUCUAAAUGGAGUAAAUGGACAGACUGCUCGAAAUCUUGUGAUGUUGGUCAAAGGCAGAGAACUCGCCGUUUGAAGGACAGUUCUAGACGUGCAUCUAAAUGCAAGCCUGUACUUACCGAGAGAGAAGAUUGUAACCUUGACCCAUGUCCGACCGUCAUGCCUCCGGAAUGGAACACGUGGUCGUCAUGGAGUGACUGUACACCGGAUGCACCGUGCACGUUCGGCACGAGACAGAGAAACAGGAUGUGUAAUAUACAGCCAAACAGCAACUGUUACGGUGACGCUGUGGAGACAAAACCGUGCGAAAACCCGUGUGUUACAACCCCAGCUCAGUGUGACCAUAAUAUGGUAUGGAGCAAUUGUGCCAACAGAUGUCCACACACGUGUAUGGACGUAAGACUCGGCACGUGCACUGAAGACGAAGAUGACGAAUGUGAACCAGGUUGUACAUGUCCCGACGGUGAGGUAUUGUACGACGGUGAAUGCAUAGUAGAGAAGAAAUGCCCGUGCUACGACGAGGACGGAAACGUUAUCUUGCCAGGCUUUGAAAUUAACAAGACACCCUGUGAAACUUGCGUCUGCAAGAACGGAGAAAUGGACUGCCAUAAAGAUCCUGACUGUUGUGAGUGGGAGACCUGGGGACCAUGGGGAGAAUGUAGUGAUACCUGUGGCGAGGCUACUAGGAACAGAUACAGAAUUUUGAUGAAUGGCGAUCCAUACACAUGUGGUGAGAAGGUUGACACAGAAGAUUGUCCGAGAAAACCAUGUCCAGCGGAUUGCGUCAUUCGUGGCCAACCGUAUCACAUUGGUGACGUCACUAAAGAAGAAGGCUGUGAAGUCUGCCACUGCACAACAAAGGGAGAACUUUGUGAAAAUGAUACACAUGCCAUUGUUGACGGUAACUGGUCCGAAUGGAGCUCGUGGAGCACGUGCAGUAGAACGUGCGAUGGUGGCGUAACCAAUAGAUACAGGCAAUGUAAUGACCCACUUCCUCAGUGUGGUGGCGCACCAUGCAAGGGACGUAACUCUGACAAUAAACCAUGCAACAGUGAUGUGUCUUGCUGUACGGUUUCCGCCUGGAGUGUAUGGUCUGAAUGUUCUACCACGUGCGGUAGAGGAACCAGGACACGUGCACGUGAAUACGAAAAUGGCGCCAACAGUGACGAUUGUUCAAAGGUCUUACAAGAAACAGAAUCUUGCUUGGAGCACGAGUGUGACAUGAAAUGUAAUGUUACCCAAUGGUCGGAUUGGUCGGAUUGUUCAGAGGAUUGCGGUGUUGGCCGAAAGACCAGAACCAGACGCAUUCGUGGACCGGAACUUCCGGAUUGUCCAGACCUCAACGAUUCUGCCUUAUGCUAUAAGAAAGCAUGUCGCUGCGGACCUAAUGAAGAAUAUUCCAACCACACGUUGUGUGAGCACACUUGUGAGAACAGACUUAGUGGAGUACCUGAAAACUGUGAGGAGAAACUUAAGGACGGCUGUGUCUGCGAAGAUGACUACUUCCGUGACGAGAACGGUGAUUGCGUGAAAAUUAACGAGUGUGACAAAUGCUUUGUUGACGGUGAAUAUAAGAAGUCUGGCGAGACCUGGCCAUCCGAGGACAACGAAUGUUCCGUUUGUGAGUGUAUCGCCGGAAGUGUUAAAUGUACACCAGUCUGUGAAAUACCUGAAUGUGGCGAGGGUGAAGUACUCAGCUACGACGUACCAAACCCAUGUUGCCCAAGAUGUGUUGAACGAACAGAUUCGUGCACAUUGUACAAACGAUCCGACUACUUGGAGGAUCCAAGUCAUUUAUGCCGGUCCGUAUCCAAGAUAGAGUUCACAUAUUGCGAGGGAUCAUGCGGUAAUAGUACUUCAGUCCCAAUGCUUCUUGCCAAAACCGAUGCCAUGCUUGACAACGAGUGCAGAUGCUGUACGGGUGACGUCAGAAGUUACAAGGAAGUGAACGUGCUCUGUGGUGAAGGUAAAUCUCAGAAAUUGAAGACCAUGUUCGUUCCUGUAAUAGCUGCGUGCAGUUGUCAAGUUUGCCAAGGAGUUGCCAGACCUCAAAAUGGACCGUCCCAAGGAAAAUAGACUAACCACGAAUAAUCAACCAAAAAUAUACCUAAACCCCGAUCGACCUACCAUGGACCGUUAUAACCGACUACGAUUUUAGCCAAUUUUAUAUAUUAUGAUUUACCGAUGCCGACCAAGAAAUGCGAUAAACUUUCUCCUGUAAAUAGCCCCCCUGCAAAGAUGAAAAAUACAAAAAAUAAUCCCCCAGUGAUAAAAAAUAGACAUUGUACAUAGUUAAACAAAAAAAUGUGUAAAAAAUACAAAUUUAAAGAUGGCAUUAUAAAAUAAAUGAAAAAAAAAUAAUAAAAUAGA